ACCUUAAAGAAUUUAUUGAUGCCAUCGCCCUAUUAACCACCUGUUGCUUUUUCCCUUUUAGCAAGCUCAAUGAAACCCAAUGCACGCCGAGCCUCAGCCCGCUUAUCUUGUAAUUUCCUAUUCCUUAUAAGGAAGUGAGAUCCGUGCUCACCCAUGAAAAUAUCGUUGAGUAACCCGCUUCUUGUUCCGCUUCUCUCUACCGGCGUCAGUCCAUGCCUUACCGUUCGAGUACCUACGUUGUAAGCCACGGCUGAGAUGCGGCUAUAUUUUAUUCAUAACGGCGUUGCUAAGAUUUGGGGUGUUGUUAUAUAGGAGGUAUAUAUACCCGUCUAUGAAGUUGUUCCCCUCAUGAGAGGUAUUCUGGUCCUUAUAAAACCUAUCCCUAUCGUUUAUCAAGCACAACAUCUUUGAGCCGAAAAAUCGGUGUUCCAUAGUUGCUGUUUCUCUGAAAUGAAAUUUUCGAUCAACACGCUGAGCUGGGGCUCUAGGGCUUGGCAGCCACCGUCUGAAAAAACAUUAGCCGAACGCAAUAUUUGGUGGGCUGCUACACAUGAUGUAGAUGGUGGUGUUGAAGCAGCUCUAAGGGAGUGGGCCAAGAACAUUGAUGAAGACGAAAGGGCAUCGCUAGUGAACACUUAUAAGAAUCUUGAAGAGGAAGACAUCAAAAGGAUUCAACCCGACAUGAAGGACGAUAUCAACAUAGGGGUCGGAUAUUCUCUAUUGUCAAUUGCCAUCUACCGAAACUUGAUCAACGACAUCAAAUUCUUACUUCAACAGCCCUCCAUCCUCCUGAAUAGGCCGAGCGGCAGUGAGCUCCUGACACCACUUCAUAUAUCCAUCAUCAGAGAAAAUUACGAUAUCGUCUUCGAAAUUCUCCGCAAUCGCUCCACAGCACCAUCACAGCUCGUCAAUGCCUAUGACUACCACGGAAGAACAGCACUACACCAUGCGGUUAUGAAGUGGACUAAGAACGGAAAAGAAGCUGAAGACACAUCGGAGAUGAGCAGAAGCCAUAGAAUAGUCCUACAGCUGCUAACAUAUGGAGCGAACAUUGACGCACAGAACCGUAGUUUCCAUACGCCUCUCCAUUUGCUAGUCAUCCAUGGUUCUGACCAAGAGGCAACGCGCUUUGCUGAGAUCCUACUGGAGAAUGGAGCCGAAGUGAAUACAAAAGAUGAGUUUGGUGAUUCCCCUUUACACAGCGCUUGUAGACGAGGGCAUCAUGCCCUUAUUCGACUCCUGAUCGAUUGGGGCGCAGAUAUGGAUUGUCGCAACUUAGAUUGGACGACUCCUCAGGAUCUGUUCUUAAGUAGAGACGAGAUGACCGAAGAUGAUAGGGCUUUUGCUCAGGAUAUAUUUUCCAGACUAAAGAAGCCAAAUAUGACUCGUGCGAGAGCCGGAAACAUCCCUCGGGGCCCUACGGAGUGCAUCGAUGAGAUGAGGAAUAUUUGUGCGGAAUUCCCAGUCUACUUCCGUUAUCAAUGGGCUGGGCUGAACCCAAAGCCAGACGGAAACACGUCUAUGGCAUGGAUCAGGAGCGACAUGAAAGUCUCUCAUGUCCUAUAUCCGAAACCUGAAGAGCAUGAAGAGACUCUUGAGCCUGUAAAUGGCGGAGAUGGUUUUCUUGCCAGCUGUGAGGAUAAAUUCAAAUCGAAGGCUUGGCUAUCCUGGAAGGAAGAGAAUAAGAAUAAUUCAAGCACACAACAGCGAGCCACUCGGCAAGAAAACGGAAAAGACGAAAGUGAGAGUGAAGAAACACGAAGCCAGAAACCCGAAGACCACAGGAAACGAGUCGAAGAAGAUGUGAGGAGGAAUUCUUGGAGGUGGAUUAACUUCCCAUCUAACAACAUGACAUGGAUCAAGGAUUUCAUAAUACUCAAUGCCAAAAACAAGGAAAGCGGACAGCUAGACGAACGAGCAUGGCGCUUUUUCGAAGAGAAUAUACGCAUUCACGAGACAGACAGCCUGUACUCGCGUGUUAGGAUUCCUCAUGCAAAGGUCAGCCAUAAGAGCGAUAGGAUCAAUACUAGUCUUCAGAAUAAGAAAGAAAACCCAAAGACAAAGAUAAACUAUUCGGUAGUGAAGCAAGACAUUCAAUCAGCACCUGGCUCGAACGGCACUAAUGUUAACGUUGCUCUGUCUACAGUGGCGGAUAUUUCACUGACUACUACCAUGAAUACUGAGAAAGUGCAAGAUCAAAAGGAGGUAGAACCCAGUACAUUUCAAUCAUGGAAAAACACAGAUGGUUUUAUGCCUGGGAAGAUGCUAUCUUUAGUAGUACCUUUCUUGGAUAUUGAGACUGAAGACCAAGUCCAAUCAGGCUUCGAAAACCUCGAAACACAAUGUCAGAGAGUGAAGAAACUAAACGAGGUCUAUUCCCCUUUCACGGGAAUGCACGGCGUCCAGCACUCUCAGACACUAGACCAGAUCUACUACAACACCGAGAGUGAUGUCACUCAGUUGCAUUCAGUGAAGGAACAAGUGAUAUACAGGUGGUCUGCGAGAAGAAACAAGGAGAGGGAGCAAUCCCAAGACCACCAAGAUCAAUCGUCACAUCAGCUUACCCAAGCGGCAGCUAAAGAGCAUGACAGUGUCUCUACUUCACCGGAAGUCUCAAACCAAAACAUCCAGCUGAUGCCUCAACAGAAGUGGUUAGGAUUUAUUCAAAAGCUGAAGCAGAAGUUGUGGCAUCCAAGGCAACCACAACAACCACAGAAGCUGACCCCGUCGCGGAUACUACACCCGAGGCAACAAGAUGCGGAUCCGAUAAAACAAAGGAGACCUGGCGGUAAGGACGCUAAGAAUGCCAACGCCAAACGUAUCCGCGAGGAUCCUUCGCCAAAGUGGUUGAUGUCCCGGCAAUUGUGGCUGUGGAAACUAGACGAUAAUACUAUCAUUACCGCGAUACCGUCUCGAGCAAACGGAAUGACGGCCGAUACCCUUCUCGAGACGAUUCGUCAGGGGAACCUGGACGUCCUUACCACGCCGAACGAUCUCAUCAAGCGCAUCCUACACGAGACGGUGUCCUUUCUCGACGAGUUCAAGUGGGCGGGGCUCGGCAUCCAUAUUCUCGAUAUUUUCGAAGGCGAGAUUGCGACCGAGACGAACCGAGAAGCCGAGUUCUUCAAAACCUUCAGCAGCGGCAACUGGAGCCCGGACAACGUCAACCGGUUCAUCCAGGAGGCCGCGGACUGCACCUACCGCGUGCGGGACAUCCGGGACGAGCUGCACCUGCUGCGGCAGGUCUUCGAGACGCAGGCCAAGGUCGUCAGCGACUUCGCGGCGGUCUUCUGGCCGACCGGCGCCCCCGGCAGCCAGAAGCAGGGCAACGUCGCGUCCCGGGAUAUGCGGGAGGGCUUCAUUCGCGAUUGCGGUCUCCAGUCGCUUGUUCAGCGCGUCCGGCGCAUGGAAGGCGAUGCGUCGACUACGCUUGAGGGGCUGAGCACCAUCAUCCAAGCAAUGCAGGCCCAGGCAUCGCUCAAGGAGGCCGAACAAUCGCGGUUCUUAAACCUGAUGAUUCUCCCGUUUACCAUCAUAACAGUGAUCUUUACUCCGCUAUCUUUCCUCACAAGCCUCUUCGCAGUCAACACAUUGGCAUUCCCGCACAACGACGACGGCGAGCUGCGACUGCCCGCGUCGUGGUUUUCUUGGAGAAUGGUUGUCGGAGAAAUAUCUUCUCUGCUUCCCCUUGGGCUGUUGGUCCUAUUGAUAUACUUCUGGUAUGGAAGCGAGAGCGAUAAUGUUUCUUCACAAAGGAUCGCGCCGGAACGGUUGAGCAGACGCAAAGUAGUCGGACGGGAACGGCGGCCACGAGCCGAAGCCUAAUGCGAAGAUCGGAUGGCACGAUUAUACGCUGUUAUUGAAUCUACCUGUGGAGUUGUUGAAUAUGUAAAAACUGUAAAUCUG